AUGGGAUUGUUUUCAAAGUUUAAAGAAGCAAAUCAUAAAAGAAAUCAAACAAGAAAUUCUAUAUUUCUGUCAACCGAUUCAGUUACUUCAAAUACUUCAAGUGAAACUUCAAAUUUUAAACAUCCAGUUUCAUCAAAUAAUAAACCAAAACCAAAACCAAGACCCAAAUCAGAAUAUUAUGAUAUCAGAAAAUUACCAAAGGCUCGUCAAGAAAAGCAACAUUCUCGUUCUUAUUCUAAUCAAGAAAAUGAAUUGCCUCUAGUUGGUUUAAGUGAAGAUACUUUACAAUUUGAUGCCAAUGAUAUUUCUUUGGAUGAAGUAACAGAACAUUUAAUAGAUCCUCAGCUGUUUGCUGUAAUGGAUAAAAAGCCAAGACCUUCUAGUUAUAUGCAUACAACUACAGCAACUGCUAGUGACUUGAGAUACAAUACUACUGUUCAUGAAGACGGUAAUAAGAAUAUUAAUAAUAAUGAAGAUUACCAUUCCAUUUUAGAUCCUCGCCAACCGAGUCAACUGCAUAAUCCCAUGAUGCAUCCCCAAGAGAACACAACUAUCCCCACUGAAAUCCCUACUGAAGUUCAAACUCCAGACGAUGAUCUCAAUCAAGAGCCACAUAAUUUAAUCUUGAAUCAACAAGAUGUGCCCAUAGAUCACCACCAACUUCAAGAAACUGCUCCUCAAACAGAUACUUUGCAUUAUGAUGUCAAUCAUCUGUUUGCUUAUCCGGAUGAUGCCUCCCAUAACAUUCACAAGCAAACAAGACCACACGAUAAUGAAAGAAAUAUCAACAGAACUAAUAAUCACCAAAUGUCUAGUAAUAUAAAGUCACCUGAACCUUUUAGAGCACAUCAAACCCCGCAAAAAAUGCAACUUGAAGAACAACCGCAACUGGUACAAAAGCAUCAACAGGAACAACAGCCACAACAAUUGAAAAGUCAAUCAGAACAAGAUCAACGUCCACGCCCAUUGCCACUUCAAUUUGAUCAGAAUGCUCCAGCAUUAUUCAACAAUAAUCAAAUGUAUCAGACUAGUCCACAAUUUUAUUCAGCUCCUGCUGUACCCCAACAUACUGAUGAAAAUUCUAAUGAUGAAGAAAGUGGUUCAAGUGAAUACACUUCGUCAUCUGAUGGGGACGAAGAUGACGAUGGAUCUUCAAGUUCUGGAUCAAGCGUAGCACCAACUCAGCACCCUUAUUAUGAACAAUGGAGACGUUAUUAUGAAGCAUUGGCUGCUCAACAACAACAAUUUAUGAUGAGACAACAACCAAUGAAUCCUAAUUCUUUCCCUGGUUUUAAUCCAAUGAUGUUUUAUGGGAAUCCACAAAUGAUGCAACAAAUGCAAAUGCAGAUGCAGAUGCAAAUGCCCCAUUUUUAUAAUCCAGCAAUUCCACAAGGCUCAUCACCAGCAGUUCAGAAACAAGAAAACAACGACGCUAGAAUAUAUCAACAAUCACCAUCCAAAGGUCAAUCACAGAUAGUGAUUCCACCACAAGAACCAGAACAAGAACAAGAACAACCACGUCCAAAGGAGCAUGAAAGAAAAACGUCAGCUUCAUCUAUUCUGGCUCCACUUAAGGUUACCCCUUCACCACCUUCUAAGAGAAAUUCCUAUGUCAGCGUAGCACAUGCAGCAACUGAACAACUUGUCAAUGAAGCACCAGCUCAACAUGAUUAUUUAUUAUCAUAUCAGAAAUCUAGAAAUAUUCAUAGUGAAAAGAUUGAAGAGGAUAAUGAAUUGAUUUCUAAUUCAAGAAGGUCAACUGUGAAAUCCAAUAGAUAUGCAUCAGCACCACUUCAUAUGGCCAAAGAAAGAAAAGUCUCUUGCAUGGGUGGACUCAAUGCUAGGGUUACUUCUUUGGAGAUGAAUUUCAAACCAGCUGAAUAUCAUCCAUAUCAUGAAGAUGAAGAAUACAUUGGUUCCAGAUCAAUGUCACAUUCUAUCCCUUCUUCUUUGGUUCAAAGUACUCAGUCACUUUCGCAAUUGAAAUUACGUGAUAGUGAAGGUCAAUUGACAAGACAAAUUUCAGAUUACAAUAAAUUUCUAUUUGAUGAUUCCGACGAUGAAAGUGAAGAAGAUGAAAAAUCACCAUCUCCUGAACCACAACAACAACAAGAAGAAGAUGAUGAUGAUGAUGAGGAUGAAGAGGAUAUUCCAAGAAGAGUAGAAGUCAUUGGUCACAGUAGAAAACACUCAUCUAGUAAUGAUAGUUCUAAUGAUCAAUUACCUACUCCUAACUCAGUAGAAGGAUUAAGUAGAAAUGGCACUGCCGCUUCUGCAGCUUCUUAUAAUUCAAUUGAAAGUGGUGCUUCCUCAAAAUUUGUUGUUGCAGAUAGUAAAAGAAGACUGGCCAUAAGUGCUCCAACAACUGACCGAAAAUCUAAAUCAAAGAAAAAGAGUAAGAAAUCCAAGAAACAUUCAAAGAAGAAUAAGAGCCCACCACAGGGAUUCCCAUUUAAUCCAAAUAUGUCGAUGCCAGAACUACCAAUGGGUUCAAUGAUGCCAUUUCCACCACCCCCACCACCGUCGGUACCGCCAUCUCAAUAUGGAGGUUCAACUGAUCAAUUCAUGAUGAUGAAUUAUUCCAAUCCGUUGUUGUCACAACAAACUGAAUAUGGGGGUGGUAGAUCCACUCCAAGAAGUAGAAGACAAAGUAUUUCUACUACUGAUUCUAAGAGGAGAUCAAUGUUGAUGGAGACUCCUAGUCCAGUUGCCAAUAAAAGAAACAGUGUCCCUGUUUUUACCAGCCAACAAAGACAACAAUUGCAAAAGCAAAAACAAAUGCAAAAGCAAAAACAGUCAACACCACCGCCAGCACCACCUAAGGUUCAGGAUGCUAUUAUCAGCAAGAAAAUUGAACAAUUUAUUCAAUUACGUUCACGUAUUGCUGCUGGUAACAAGACUGCUGAAUAUAGAUUGCAUUGGGUUAAGAUGUUGAUCACUGCUACUAAUUAUAAAUUAUAUUCUUAUAUUAACAUCAAGGGUGAAAGUAUUCAACCUGAACAGUAUGCAUCUAAUAAGGCUCAAUUUAUUAAAAGUUCAGUUACUCAUAUUACAAAACUUAUUAAAGAAUUUGCAUCCGGGGUUCAAGAAAGAGAUGGUGUUAGAUGUGAAGCUUAUUUCAUCUAUGCAAGUUUAUGCAAGCAAGACUAUUUGAUUUCUUAUAAUCAAGAUUUCAAUAUGGAAAAGAACCUUAAUAAAGCCAUUGAAUAUUAUGAUAAAGUUCUUGAAAUUAAUGAUAAAGAUUUCAAAGCCUUGUAUAAAUUGGGUGAAAUUUAUGAAUAUGAUUUGAAUGAUUUCAAGCAAGCUGUUGAAUACUAUACACUUUCGGCUAAAUUUGGAUAUAAUAGAGCAAUUUUGAAAAUGGCUAUGUUUUACUUACAAGAACCGGAAAUGAGAAGUAUCAAAUAUUUCAAAUAUUUGAAGAAUCUAUCCAACAUUGAUUUGAAUGAAGUUCAAUUAGAUGAAGAGGAUUUAGCAGAAAUGGAAGAAGUCAUUGGGUUGGCAUGUUAUGAAUUGGGUAAGAUUUUUGAAGGUAUUUAUCCUGGUGAUUUAACCACUGAAGAUGAAUUCAUUAAAAAAUCCUUAGAGUUGGCCCCAGUUAAUUAUGCCAAGAGUUUGACAUAUUAUAAUAAAUCAGCUAAAUUGAAUUGUUUGUUAGCACAAGUUAGAUUGGGUAUCGUUUAUGAACGUGGGGAGUUGAAUCGUCAAGAAAAUCCAAAUAAAUCUAUUCAAUGGUAUAUUAAAGCCUCUUCAUCUCCAUUAUCAUUUAGAAGACAUCCAGAUGCCAUGGUUGGAUUGGCUCGAUGGUGUUUACAAGGAAGUAAUGGGGCAAGUAAAUAUAUUCCAAGUCCAGUUCCAGAUAAAGCAGUUAUGUGGUGUGAAAGAGCAAUUGACGAAUUUAGUUCACCUGAUGCUAUGAAUUUCAUGGGUGACUUGUGUGAAAUGGGUAUUGCAAAGGGUAAAGCAAAACACUGGUUUGAAAAAGCUUAUAAACUUGGUAAUCAAGAAGCUGGUCAAAAGUUGGGUUAUUUUUAA